AUGCUUCGCAAGCCCUGGGUACCAACGAUGUCUGAGUUCUUGAUGCACCAGCAGCCUUCAUGGCAAGAAUUGCUAAAAUUUUCAGAUCCAACGGGACAGUUGAAACAGUUGCAAGAGUUGUUGGAAGGUCCGUACAAAAGAGAUGAAUUGGAGUUAGUAGAAGCGCAAUUUGAAUUUGCUAGUGUUUUAGAUGACGAUAAGUUUUUCACAUUACAGCGUGAAGAAGAAGAAGAAGAAGAAGAAAAACAGAGGGCUCCACUGCCCACACCAGGGUUGUCGCUGGUCGAACAAUUACAAAUGGAUAAGCCUUUGAUGGAAGUGAUUGCAAACAAACACAAACGUGGCUACCAUCGGUGCACACAUUGUCCAAAGACUUUUUCAAGUGUUUUUGAGUAUGCUGCGCAUAUGGAUGCGUUUGGAAUUAAGAGAGAGUUUAAAUGCCCGGUUGCCCUUUGCCCUUGGAAAGUGCUAGGACUGCCUCGUAGACCGGAUCUACGCAGACAUUGUGCUAUUCAACAUAAACAUGAGUUGCCCGAUGAUUUAAAAGAGUACUUGAACUUGAGUGAUGAAACGUACCCCGCGUUGCAGUGCCCUCACCAGUACUGCGAUAAAGUUUUUCACAGACGCGACGCUUACAACAGACACAUUUCAAUAGUGCAUGAAAAACUGGGUUCGCGGUUCAACAAGCGUCUGUUGCAGAUUCUGGCACAUUGCCCCUGCGAGAAAGAGGCGGAAAGAAGAAAAUACGUGCUGGCGAAGAUGCGCACACGGAAGGUGAACUGUAAUAAUAAUAAUAGGGCCCAACAGCCUUGA